GCGCGAGCUGCGUCCCGCGGAGACGCGGUGCGUCACGCUCUAGGCGAGUCUUGCCCGGGCAGAGAUGGCUCCAAAGCGCACGGCGGGCAGGGCGCUGCGGGGGCGCAAACCGCGCGGCCAGAAGGCCAAGGGCAAGGGCAAAGCCCGGCGCGAGGAGAAGGAGGCGGAUGUCUCUGAAGAUGAGAAACCUCUGAAGAAGAGCCUUCUCUCAAAAGUUUCACGAGGAAAGAGGAAGAGCAGCUGUGGUGCUUCUGGGGGCCCAGCAGCAGGUCCAGCGAGAAAGAAGGUGGCCAGAGCGACUGUGAAAUUGGAAACCCCCCAGGUUGUAAAGGAUGAAGCCCUCAGUGAUGAGGAUGACUUCAGGGACUUUACAAGCGCCCGGAAGAAGGCGCACCUUCCAAAGAAAGAGGCUGCUGUGGACACAGGGGCCUGUGAAGGGGAUGCCGAGGAGGAGAGUGAGGAUGACUGGGAAGAGGUGGAAGAACUCACUGAGCCUGUGCCUGGUGGCUUGGGAGAGAACACAGACUUCUCUAAAUCUGCUGUGCCUGUGAAGCCAGUGGAGAUAGAAAUUGAAACCCCAGAGCAGGUGAAAGCACGAGAAAGAAGUGAAAAGAUAAAAAUGGAGUUUGAGACACAGCUGCGGAGGAUGAUGAAGCGUUUCAAUAAGGAAGUCCAUGAGGACACACACAAGGUCCACCUUCUGUGUCUGCUGGCAAAUGGCUUCUAUCGAAAUAGCAUCUGCAGCCAGCCAGACCUGCGUGCCAUUGGCCUCUCCAUCAUCCCAACUCGCUUUACCAAAGUGCCACCCCGAGACGUGGAUGUCUACUACCUGUCGAACCUGGUGAAAUGGUUCAUUGGAACAUUUACAGUUAAUGCAGACCUUUCAACCAAUGAGCAGGAUGGCCUGCAGACGACGUUGGAGAGGAGGUUUGCUAUUUACUCUGCAAGAGAUGAUGAAGAGUUGGUCCAUAUAUUUCUGCUGAUCAUCCGGGCCCUGCAUCUCUCUGCCCGACUUGUGCUGUCCCUACAGCCAAUUCCGCUGAAGUCAUCAGCAGCAAAGGGAAAGAAAGCUUCCAAGGAGAGAUCCACAGAGGGACCUGGGUGUUCCUCAGAAACUUCCAGCCCAGGUCCCGCAAAGCAAACCAAACUGAAGAGCAGCAGCGGAAACAGACAGGAGGACCCCUCUUCUGAGGGUACCAGUGGUCCCCGGGCCAAAGGGAAGGGGAGAAAGGCGGCUGCAGCCACGAAGAAACGGAGAGAGCCGUCCUCCAGUGGGGAAGAGGAGGGCGAGGCGGCAGGGCAGCAGGGUGAGGCCCGGAGAUCUGCACGUGGACGGCGGCGGCAGGCAGCCACCAGGGUGUCUUACAAGGAAGAGAGUGGCAGUGACAAGGCCAGCAGUAGCUCUGACUUUGAGCUCUCCAGUGGGGACAGCCAUUGCCCAUCUGACGAAGAUUCUGAGCCUGGCCUCCGGAGGCAGAGGAGGGCCCCAGGCCUGCCGAGGACAAAGGCGGGGGCCAAGAGUGACUCCAGGUCCCAGCGUGGCAGCCACCCCAAGCCCCCGGGCUUUCCGGCAGCAUCUGCAGGCCCGCCAGGCAGUAAGCGUAAAGGAGGCAGGAAGACAUCCGUGCGUGGGGAGGAGGCAGACAGAGGGAAAGUGGCUGGUGUGGACCACUGGCUGGAGGUGUUCUGUGAGCGGGAGGACAAGUGGGUGUGUGUGGACUGUGUGCACGGGAUGGUGGGCCAGCCCCUGACCUGUUACCAGUACGCCACCAAGCCUAUGACCUACGUUGUGGGCUUCGACGGUGAUGGCUGGGUCCGUGACGUCACCCAGAGGUAUGACCCUGCCUGGAUGACAGCUACCCGCAAGUGCCGGGUGGACGCCGUGUGGUGGGCUGAGACCCUGCGACCCUACCGGAGCCCGCUGCUAGAGAGGGAGCAGAGGGAGGACCAGGAGUUUCAGGCAAAGCACCUGGACCAGCCUAUGCCCACUGUCAUCGGCACAUACAAGAACCACCCGCUGUAUGCCCUGAAGAGGCACCUCCUAAAGUAUGAGGCCAUCUACCCCGAGACGGCUGCCAUCCUCGGCUACUGCCGUGGGGAAGCCGUGUACUCCAGGGAUUGUGUGCACACCCUGCACUCCAGGGACACGUGGCUGAAACAAGGGAGAGUGGUGAGGCUGGGAGAAGUGCCCUACAAGAUGGUAAAAGGCUAUUCUAACCGGGCCCGGAAGGCCCGCCUGGCCGAGCCGCAGCUGCGGGACCACAACGACCUGCCCCUGUUUGGCCAGUGGCAGACCGAGGAGUACCAGCCACCCGUGGCUGUGGACGGGAAGGUCCCCCGGAAUGAGUUUGGGAACGUGUACCUCUUCCUGCCCAGCAUGAUGCCUGUGGGCUGCGUUCAGCUGAAUCUGCCCAACCUGCAGCGUGUGGCCCGGAAGCUGAACAUCGACUGUGUCCAGGCCAUCACUGGCUUUGACUUCCACAAAGGCUACUCUCAUCCCAUAACCGAUGGCUACAUAGUGUGUGAGGAGUACAGAGACAUUCUCCUGGCCGCCUGGGAGAAUGAGCAGGCGCUCAUCGAGAAGAAGGAGAAGGAGAAGAAGGAGAAGCGGGCUCUGGGGAACUGGAAGCUGCUGGUCAAAGGGCUCCUCAUCAGGGAGCGGCUGAGGCUUCGCUACGGGACACAGAGCAAGACAGCUGCUCCCCACACAGACACAGGAGGACUGUCUUCAGAUGAGGAAGAGGGCACCAGCUCGCAAGGGGAAGCGGCCAGGAUCCUGGCUGCCUCCUGGCCCCAAAACCGAGAGGCUGAGGAGGAACGGGAGCGGAAAUGCCCCAGGAGGACCAGGAGGGAGAAGAAGGAGGCAUCUUCCCACCUGUUCCCUUUUGAGAAGAUGUGAUGUUGAAUGGUUACCUGCUCAGUGGCUUGGCCCUGGGGGUACCUGGGCCCUGAGGGCUGAGAAGGCACAGAGGUAGCAUGUGCUACAGACGAGGGCCGGGGCAAGCAUCCCGUGGGUUUGCUUGGCUGCAGUCGGGGUGGAGUCACCCAGGGUCGGACUUUACCGCCACAACCUAGGCUUUGAGCUGACACUUCCUCAGGAGCCCUCCUGCCCCCGAGACUUCCCCUCCUGGAACCAUGGGGAGCGUCUGGUGAUGGUGAGGUUAGGGAUGCGCCAGGCCUUGUUUCCCAGUAGAGUCCCGCUGCAUCUGGUGCUGCUUAACACCGUACAGGGAGAACAAGUCAAUGUAGGCCACCUCGGGGGGAUAAGCUCUGGGACCUACUUUUCCAGGUAACGUUUGGUGGUGGCAGCAACCUCGAACAAAAAGCUAUAAUCAGGAAAGAAAAGGAAAAACAAUGGGAAUUAAAGAAAUGUUAGGAAGGGUGGAUCACUGUUCAACUAGAUUUUAUUCACUACUGGAAACAUUUAUAAAGCUCUAUGCAAAGUAGUUAUUUAGGAGAAAUAACUUUUACAAUAUUUUGAGAAAAAAAAUAAAGCACUUACAUAAGAA